ACUUGCAAGGUGAUCUGACAAAAACAAAGCAAUAUGUGUUUGUAACAGUUUGAUAUUGAUGUCAAUAUGUAGUCCAAAAGACUUUGUAUAAGCUUUUUACAGUCCAUUCCUUUCUGCAGAUAUGGACACAGCCACAGCUGCACAACUACAUGACUUCAAAAUCCUUCAUCUGGUGAGGCAUGCACAAGGGAUGCACAAUGUAGCAGCGGAGGAGAAUACUGAUGCAUUGAAGUCCUAUGACCUUCUUGAUGCGCCCCUCUCGACUGUAGGCUGGCAGCAGGUCUGUGAUUUAAGAAAAUUUGUUUAUGAACAUGGACUGGUUGAGAGGAUAGAAUUGGUGAUAACUUCCCCCAUGUUAAGGACAAUUCAAACAGCCAUUGGAGUUUUCGGGAGCAAAGGCUUAGCAAAUGAGUUAGAUGGAGCACAAUCUAUGAUGGAACAGGACCAAAAUCACACUGCAAUUGCAUCUUUCAAUUGUAUUCCUGUUCUAGCAGUUGAACUUUGUCGAGAACGUCUGAUAGAAAGUGAAGAUGAUAGUCUAUGGACUGCUGAUCACAAAGAAACCCAUGAAGAAGUUGCUGCCAGAGGAAUGAAGUUUAUAAAAUGGCUAUGGAUAAGAAAAGAGAAGGAGAUUGCCAUUGUUAGUCAUGGCAUAUUCUUGCAGGAGACACUUAUGGCACUUGGAACCAAGUCUUACCUACCAACGAAGACUGAUCUCUUUAAACGAUUUCAGAAUUGUGAGCUUCGUUCAGUUAUCAUUGCGGAUGAAAGCUUGAUGAGUUUAGAUUCCUUGACAAAUAGCAAAAACUGUGGAAGAAUUCAGUACAGUCUUCAGCUUCCUAAUACUGCUGCCAAAGAGAAUGUUACAGAGAAGGAAUAUUAAUUCCCUACUGCUCUUUCCCAGGAUUUGCGUUUGGAAAACUCAAAUUAUUAUUAUUAUUUUUUAAAUCUCAUUUAAUACAAUGUAUAUUUCGAGGUGAAAAUAUAAUUGAAAAUAAACCAUUUAUCAUGUA